UCCUGUCUCAACUCUCUCUCAACUGAACAACUCCCAACUUUCCACCGAUUCUUUUCAAUUUUCGUCAUCUUCUUGCACUCGCAGAGAGUGAUGACAGUCUCUCUUCCCCGCCAAAAAUCCCUUUUGUUUCUCGGCAGUUAAUUGUGGGUGAAAUCGAUGGGCGCUGGAGGCAACUUCUGGGAUUUACUGAAGCCCUAUGCCCGACCCGAAGGCUUCGAUUUCUUGAGGAACAAACGGGUUGCCGUGGACCUCUCGUACUGGAUCGUCCAGCACGAAACUGCUAUUAAAGGAAACACGCGAAACCCGCACAUCAGAUUAACAUUCUUACGCACCAUCAACCUCUUCUCCACGUUCGGGGCAUUUCCGGUUUUUGUGACAGAUGGUACUCCAUCGCCACUCAAAUCUCAGGCAAGGAUUAUGCGCUUCUAUCGAUCAUCAGGGAUUGAUAUGUCAAGUCUGCCUGCAGUGGAAAAGGGCAUUUCAGUUGAGAGAAAUAAGGCUUUUCAGAAGCAUGUGCAGGAAUGUGUUGAGUUGCUCAAACUUCUUGGUAUGCCUGUUCUAAAUGCAAAAGGGGAAGCUGAAGCACUUUGUGCACAGCUUAAUAGAGAAGGACAGGUUGAUGCUUGUAUUACUGCUGAUAGUGAUGUAUUUCUCUUUGGAGCUAAAUGUGUUAUUAAACAUAUCCAACCUAACUCCAAAGAACCAUUCGAGUGUUACCAUAUAUCAGAUAUUGAGGCUGGUCUUGGGCUGAGAAGGAAACAAUUGAUAGCCAUUUCUUUAUUGGUAGGAAAUGACCACAAUCUACCUGGGAUACCUGGUAUUGGCUUAGAGACUGCACAUCGAUUUGCCAAGUCUUUCCGCGAAGAUGAGAUUCUAGAUAGGCUAUGUGAAAUAAGGAGAGGAGAAACCCCAGAAUUACAUGAUAUUGCCAGUGCAGAAGGUGAUUUUGUACCCAGUUCAGAGGAUUCUCCUCGAAAACCAAAACUUUCGCAUUGUUCAUUCUGUGGACAUCCAGGCAGCAAGAGGGCUCACCUCAAGUCUCGUUGCCAAUACUGUAGCGAUGGUGGUGGUGGUGAGGGUUGCAAGCAAAAAGCACCAGGCUUUAAGUGUAGUUGCUUGUCAUGUGACACGGAUAGGAAAGAAAAGGAACAGCGAAAGAAAGAAAAUUGGCAUAUUAAAGUCUGCAGAAAGAUUGCCUUGGAGCAGGACUUUCCACACGAUUUGAUCGUGAAAAUUUACUUGCACAAUGACAACAGAGUUGAUGACGGUUGCCAUAUAUCUUGGACAAGUCCAAAAACUGAAAUGCUAGUUGAUUAUUUAGCUUAUUAUCAGCAUUGGGAGCCUUCGUAUACGCGGAAGAGAAUGCUUCCGAUGCUAUCAACUUUGUUUUUGAGAGACAUUGCCUCAAAUUCCGAAAAUCUUUUGCUAUGUGGACAAUAUGAGUUUGAUUAUAUUAAGCGGGUGAAGACAAGAUAUGGCCAUCAAUUUUAUGUGGUCAAUUGGAAGAAAGCAAUGCACACAAUGUAUCAAGAAACUGGGAGACUUGAUGGAGUGAAAGAUUUAACCGAAGAUCCCGAUGACUUCAAGAUUCAUAUCAAGAAAACUGGGAGAGCUGAUGAAUUGAUAGAUAUUACAGAAGAGCCUAUGAAAGCACUGCACAAAAUGGUUGAUGAUACCCACACAGUUACCUCCAAAAAACUUAAUAUGCCUCUAGAAACUAGGAGAACUGAAGAAGUGAUAGAUUUAACAGAAGAUCCUGAUGGGUUGGAGAUUCACACGAAGACAAGUGGGAGAGAUAACAAAGCGGUAGAUUUUACAGAAACUAGGAGAGUUGAAGAAAUGAAUGAUUUAACAGAAGGUCCUGAUGGGUUGGAGAUUCAUAUUAAGAAAACUGGGAGAAUUGAUGAAUUGAUAGAUUUCCCAGAAGAGCCUGGGAAACCAGUGCACGCAAUGAUUGAUGAUAUCCACACAGUUACCUCCGAAAAUCCUAAUACGCAUCAAGAAACUAGGAGAGCUGAUGAAUUGAAAGACUUAAUAGAAGAUCGUGAUGGGUUGGAAAUUCAUAUCGACGAAACUGGUAGAGCUGAUGAAGUAAUUGAUCUUACGGAAGAGCCUGAUGGACCGGAGAUUCAUAUCAAGGAUGGUUGCUGCUAUUUGUCAACAGAUGAAGAUAUGGAACUUGUUUGGAAAGCUUUUCCAGAAAAGGUCAACCAAUUUUUGAAACAAAAGGAACUAAAAUCAAGAAGAAAAAGAAGGGGGGUUCCUGAAAACUCAGGGUCCUCAAGUGGUAUUCAGCUCAGUAUCACCGAGUUCUUUCGAUCCUCUAAAGGAACCUGUCAGGCAAAGCUCGGGGAGAAUUUUGCUAGCAGUUCAAGUAGUUCUAGUGCUUCCGAAAAGGAACAGCAAGAGCGGGUUCCCAACUUUAGCAAGUCAGCUAGGCGUCGACUUUUCCUUGGAUGAGAAUCUGAUCACAUUAUGUUCGCCCGUCAGCAUAACCCUCCACUUGUUAAAUUACUAAGCACAACAUGAUUGCAUAUUAGUUCGUGUUCUUGAAUUGUCAUCUAGGACAGUGCUAAUGUAAAUAGGUAAUUUUGUGUAAAUGGCAGUUGAUGAUAGCUCUUUACUUGCGGCCAUUAGGAGGCUGAAUCAUUGGUAGAAAUUUUGAGUAUUAGAUUCUGGAAAACUAAUCAAAAUUUCAUUAGUUUUUCUAACCU